AUGCGCAUGCGUAGGCUUGCGCGUCUGUUUGCCGCGGCCGCGGCCUCUGCGACUGGCGCAGGUAGUGAGGAGCAGCAUGACGUCGAGUUGUCGCGUGUUGGACUCGGGGAGUCUGAGAGUUUGUUUUCGGAGUUCGCGUGGGUUCGCGGCGACUCGACUGCGCCGGAAUCGCGGCAGUUCGACGCGGAGCUCUCGGCGUACCUGCUGCUCGUGGAGGACGCCUCGCUGCCUGGCGGGCACGUGGCAGUGGCGAAUCUCUCGUCGGCGAGCGCGGAGCACCUCUUUGCGUCGGAGAACGCGAUUCGCGAGGGCGACUGGCUGCGGCUGCGCAACUUCAAGUGGGGCGCGACCCGCCUCCACGACCCGCUCUUUGGCCGCAUCUACUUCUCCGUUCAACCCAGCCGAAGCGACUUGGCGCGUAUCACGCGUCUCCCGCCGUUCGCGCUGGACGCCGUCCGCGCGCAGCAGGAACUCGAUCGCGCGCUGCAGGCCCUCAUGGAGGACGACGAGAUCCCCAGAGACGCCUCCGACCCGAAGCGCACGCGCGAGCUGCCGCCAGCAGAGAGCGAGGGGGAGGCCGACACCGCCCGCAGAAGGCGCACCGCCGCCGAGCGAAACCCACGAGCCGGCCUGGAGGCAGCCCCCGAGCGGGAGGAAGAAAUUGAGGAGUGCGCGGCCGCGGAAGCGCCAGAGGAGGCUGCGGGCAGGGACGAAGCUGAAGACGACUCGAGCCCGCUCUCUGGCGGCUGCGCGCCGCACACGCGCUUCGAGCUGUUUGUUCCGCAAGAGCUGCUGGACGCACACGGCUCCCGCGUCCCGGUUUACGAACGCAUCGACAGCCUCGUCGCUUCCUCGUCGCGCCCGGCGUCUUCCGCUCGUCGCUCGCGCGAAGGCCCGUUCCUGCUGAAGGCGAUGCAUGUCCUCGGUCUCUGUGCGGCUCCCCUCGCGGCCGAGGCCUCGCUGGAGAGCGGCGCGACAGUCGACAUCGCAGACCCGCGGACGUGGGUGGUGGUGCAGUGUCUGCUGUGCCGCACGUCGCGGCGCCUCUCGGCGCGAAGGCCCCGCCCCCCCGGCGGCGAAGACGCAACGGGCCGCCGCGCUGCGGCGGCCCGCGCCGCGCACCAUGGGAGGAACGCCCGAGGGAAGCGCGCCGCUCAAGAGGCCGCGCGAAGGAGCGACGAGGAGACGACAGACGACCACGAGGAGGUCCUGUGGUGCCCGACCUGCAAGCAUCGAGACUCCGCCAUGCUCGUCGUCAUGUACGAUUUCCAUCUGCACCUCGCGGACGCAAAUGGAACGUCUCUCGUCGUUCAAGUCAAGGAUGCCGUCGGUCGGCGGUUUCGGUGCGCCAGCGAGCGCGGCAUCAGUCCAUUCUUCGCGGCCACCGACCGCGGCGCGCAAGAGUUGCUGCAGGCCGUGCUCCGAGGCUUGGUCAGCGAAGCUGAGCAAGAGGAAGAAAGCUCGAGACCCAGAGAGCGGAAAAGGGGCCUUUCGAGCCCGCAGAAGAGGCGAGGGAGGGCCUCCGCGUCGUCCGCAGACGGCGCGAAGGACGACGCGGAGGCGGACGCGGAGGCAGACGCGGCGGGAGGAGCGAAGAGCGACCAGGAGGGAGGCGACGGGGCAUAUCUCAUUGGGAGCUCCAGCAGCAGCGAGGAAGAAGAGGGAGAAAUUCAGACGCAGAGCCUUGUGGGGCGGAAGUACAUGCGCCGGAGGAAGCAUCUGAAGGCAGGCUUGGCGGGCUCGAGAGGGGGCGAAGCAUGCAGCGGCCCUUCGGCGCCGAGCGAGCAAGAAAACAGCAAGCAGAGCCACGCGCCGCGUGCGCACAGAGAGAGAGAAGAGGAGGAAAAUCAGAAGAAAAAACGUGGCCUCGGGCGCCACGACCUGCUCGUCGUGCGCCGGUGGGCGGAGGAAGCAGCCGAAAGCGACAGAGUGUUCGAGAAUAGCGGAGCUGCGACUUGGGUGGUGACGGGAGCAGAGAUCCGACGCGCGUAG